AUGGAGUCCCCGCCGGAGCAGCUCGAGGGCUUCUUCGCGGUGCUCGAGGGCCCGCUCCUGCCGUACCUCGACCGCGCCUCGCGCAUCCAGCUCGCCGCAACCUCUACAGGGUGCUUUUCCGCCAUCGCGCGCUCCCGGAGCGCGCUGCGCCCGCUGAGGACGGACUUGGACGACAUCGGCGACUUGUUCUUCCUCGAACGAACCAUCAAGAAGGACCUCCAGUCCCUGCGAGUCCUCUCGCGCUGCGUCCGGCCGGGGGAGCCCAACUGCGCAGGGACAAUCGAGUUUCCUCAAUUCUCGAUCAACGCGGGGGACGUGCACGCGCUGCUGACGGCGCUGGCGGCGUCGUCGCCGCUGGACCUGGCCGUGCUCGCCGGCGCCGGCGCGACCCCCGACGAGGAGAUCGUUGCCCUCGCAACGGUCCUGCAACGCGCCGCGGCGGCCAGCACCGGGCCCCUGCGCGUCCACAGGCUCACGCUGGAGGACGUCGACGGUCCCAUCAUCCCGGCUGGGUACAUGGAGAAGAUCUUCGGGCUGCCGGGGCUCGACGGGUCUUUGCGCGAGCUCCAUAUCGAGGGAUUGAAGAUUGAUCGGGAUCCUGAUGACUCAGACUCUUCCUGGUCUGGACCGGAGGAGGAAAUAACCCACACGAUCCCCUCGAUCGACCCGAUCGUCCACGGCGCGCACCCCGCCGCCCCGUCGGACGCGUCAACCUACGAGCGCGGAAGCGACGUCCUGCUGUCGCUGCUCGGGCGCGCGGACGGCCUCACGCACGUCACGCUGCAGUCGAACGCCAUGCCGUCCGAGGUGUGGACGCGGGUGCUCGACGCCCUGGCGCGGCACCGCCGCCCCCUGAGUCAGCUCCACCUGAAACUGGAUCGCGACGACCGUGACGCUGUGGCGGUCGAGACCGUCGCGCGGGUGGCGACGGCGCGCCGGAUCGACGCGCUGAGGAUCACCGGGGUGCAAGAGGUCGAGUGCGCGGCGGGACUGCUGCGGGGCGACACCAAGGCUGUGUCCUUGACAGUUCACCGUGGGAAGCUGGGCACGACGGUGCCCCGCGUACGAGGUGGCGCGGAGGGACAGCGCGCCGUCUGGGAGGCGCUGGUGACGAACGGCACCACCACGCACCUCGACCUGUCCGUGUGCGGCAUCGGCGACGCGGGGCUGCUCACAGCGUUUCCGGCGGACGCGCCCCGCGUCAACACCGCCCUGCGCAGCCUGCGGCUGGGCGCGAACCACAUCACGCUGGCCGGGUGCGCGGCGCUGGCGAGGGGCUUCCCUGCCCUGACGCACCUGGACAUGGAGGCCACCCCCAUUGGCUUCAGGGGGGUUGCGGCGCUGCUGAACGGGCUGCCGUCGCUGAAGGUCGCGGCGUUCGCGAACCUGUAUGGACCGAUCGACGGUGUGGAGAAGGUCGGGGAGGCGAUCGCGAGCAACGGGACGGUGGAGGCGCUCAAGCUGGGCGCGAGCUGGUCGUCCCAGGACGGAAAUGGCUCCGGUGUGCCGUUCUUGCUGAGCGGCGAGGGACGGCGCGGCCAGAAUCACAGGUUCUAUGCACCUGGGCUCGCGGACGCGCUCGGCCACGGUCUCGCUCGCAACAAGACCCUGCAGAGGUUGCACCUCGAGGUGUUCGAUUUCGGCUAUUUUGGCGAUGGGGCGUCUGUCGCUCAACCGCUGCUUGAGGGGCUGAAAAGGAACGCGACGCUGCGGCAGCUGUCGCUCUUGAGCAGCGGAGGGGUGUCGGUUCAGGAGCUGAGUCAUGUCGCGUUUGCGCUGAGCGAGCUCGGGAGCGACGCCACCCGCAACGAAAGCUCCCCGCCCUGCCAGGUGUCGCUGCACAUCCCAUCGAUCUCAGGAAGUCGCGCGCGCGCCCUGCAAAGGAACUGGCAGGAGUGCGUCGAACUCGCACUCAUGCUCGGACCGCCCUCGCAGCACAUUGCCACGCUCCAUGUGUCCGACGAGUGCCGCGAGGAGUUCCGGUCGCAGCUGCCGUGGGACGCCUACGCGUCCGACAGUGACGACGACGACUCAUCGUCAGACGACGACGACUUCGACGACGAUUCAUCGUCAUACGACGACGAGUAUGACUAG